AUGGAUAUAGAAGAGGGAGAUAUCAUUCAGAUUAAGGAUAAAGUAAAGGAUAGCGUCACCAUUUGGGCCCUUUAUGUGGGCGAGGGUUAUGUCAUGUAUUACUGUCCUAGAUAUCAGCGAUUAUUGAGAGACAAACUCGAGACAGUGUCUAAGGAUAAGGACUAUUGUGUUAAUAAUUUGAAAGAAUUUUCGCAAUCAAAACAACUGUCUGUUCAAAGCGCCGACACUAUACUGGCGACGGCUUUACGAGUGUUCAAUAGGAAUGAAACGUUUGAACCAAACGUUAAGACCAAACAUAACCUGAGAAUACAUUUUGUCACGAAAUGCCGGUUCGGACGACAGUUUUGCGAGUGGUUAGAGUGUAAGGAACAGGUGGCCGGACAUGAAGUGUUUGAUGGAGCGAUGAAUGUGACUAAUAUAGCCACUAUUGAGGGCAAAUAUCAUGGCGAGUUUAUUAAGCUAGACCAAAUUGGCACCGGUAGUUUUGGUCAGGUAUACAAACUGAAGCGCAAGUCUGAUAAAACUAUACACGCCAUCAAAAUCAUCCAAAUAUUGGCCGAUAUCCAUAACCCGAGUACUCAUAGGCAAAGACAUUACUCUCACAUCUCUUGCCUAAGCGCCGUAAAUACCUGA